UAGGAGUCAGUCCCCAUCAGGACACAGCAUGGACAUGAGGGCCCCCGCUCAGCUCCUGGGGCUCCUGCUGCUCUGGCUCCCAGGUGCCAGUUGUGACAUCCAGAUGACCCAGUCACCAUCCUCCCUGUCUGCAUCACUAGGAGACACAGUCACCAUCACUUGCCGGGCCAGUCAGGGCAUUAGCAAAUAUUUAAACUGGUAUCAGCAGAAACCAGGGAAAUCUCCUAAGCUCCUGAUCUAUGAUACAUCUAAUUUGGCCACCGGGGUCCCAUCAAGGUUCAGAGGCAGUGGGUCAGGGACAGAUUUUUCUCUGACCAUCAGUGGCCUGCAGGCUGAAGAUGUUGCAGAUUAUUACUGUCUGCAGUAUAAUGACUGGCCUCACACAGUGUUACAAGCUGGUCAUACCCAGUGCAGAAGUCAGUCCCUGUCAGGACACAGCAUAGACAUGAGGCCCCCUGCUCUGCUUAUGGGGUUCCUGCUGCUCUGGCUCCCAGGUGCCAGCUGUGCCAUCCAGAUGACCCAGUCACCACCCUCCCUGUCUGCAUCACUAGGAGACACAGUCACCAUCACUUGUCGGGCCAGUCAGGGCAUUAACAAUUAUUUAGCCUGGUAUCAGCAGAAACCAGGGAAAUCUCCUAAGCCACUGAUCUUUAGUGCAUCUAAUUUGGCCACUGGGGUCCCCUCGAGGUUCAGAGGCAGUGGGUCAGGGACAGAUUUUUCUCUGACCAUCAGUGGCCUGCAGGCUGAAGAUGUGGCAGAUUAUUUCUGUCUGCAGCAUAGAAGUUUCCCUCCCACAGUGUUACAAGUCAUAGCAUAA